GUUCACUAAAAGUGACCAAAGCAUUACAGAAGUUGUCGUUUUAAAUUUCACACCGGCACAAACCCAGAAGCUUCUGUCCAACUUAGUGAGCGUAUCAUGGCGGCGCAGAUGGCGGUAAAUUCGGGAGCCAGUCUGUGGGGGCCACUGAAAGAGCUCUGGGAGACAGUGGACGGAGCUGUGUUAAGGAGACAGCCCGAGAGUGUUCACCUCCUAGACCUACAGCUGAAGAAACACAAACCUCACUUCCUGUCACUUUUUAAGAACCCGCCAAAAAGUGCAGAGCAAAGAGAGAAAGUGCGUAAAGCCAGCACAGAAGGCAUCGCCAUCCAAGGUCAGCAGGGGUCACGGCUCCUUCCAGAACAGCUUUUGACAGAGGCUUUCAUCCUCAGUGAUCUCUUUGACAUCGGAGAGUUGGCAGCUUUGGAGCUUCUCUUGGCAGGUGAACAGCAGCAGCCCUAUUUUCCAGGACUGACACGAGGCCUGGUGGCCGUGUUACUUUACUGGGAUGGAAAACUUUGUAUGGCCAACUCUCUGCGCACACUCAUUCAGUCACGACAGGGCAAGACCUUCACCCUGGAUCUUAGUGGAGAGCUGGUGGCUUUGACAACACGAUUUACAGAUGAGCUCAUGAGCCAAGGUCUGAGCAAACGCAUCCUAACUUUGGUGUCAGAGAUAAGCGUGACGCGUGAGUUUGAGCGACUGCAGAAAGAACGCGGAUUGGGCAACGAAAAGCACAGGAAGGAGGUUGCAGACCUCAUCAAGGAAUGCCGACAGGCGCUUGCAGACAGCCUGUUUUCAUGGACCUGCCAAUCGCCCCUGUCAAAAGAUGACACUCUGGCACUCAUUGGCCACCUGGAGACAGUUACAGCUCAGGCUGAUGGCUCACUGGACAGUGUUAGCCUGGCUCUGGUUAUGGCACUGCUCUACUGCUUGGAUGUCAGUUUUAUCGAGCAGGGGACUGAAGAUAGAGAUGAUUUGCUCCAGGCGCUUCCAUUGCUGACAGAAAGGCAGUAUGUGUCUGCAGUGCACAGUCGCCUGAUGGACAGCCAACCAUGGAAGCUUCCGGGGCUGCAGGCCGUGUGUCGACUGGCGUGGGCUCUGUUGCUGAGAGUCCUUUCCCAGCUGCCACAGGGCUCAGCACUGGUUGAGUUCACCGAGGCAGAUGAGGCUCUGGCUGAUCAGGCUCUCCUGGGCGAUGUCUUCUUGUUUAUGAAAGAGGGCAUUCUGGGAUGUGAGAGUUUUUCCCAGGAAGAGUUUUACAUCCGCCGCGUCCAUUCACUCAUCACAGACUUUCUGGCUCUUAUGCCAAUGAAGGUGAAGCAGCUUCGUAACCGUGCCGAUGAGGAUGCCCGCCUCGUGCACAUGUCCUUACAGAUGGACAGCGAGCUGCCAUCGUCAUUGCGAAAGGACUUGGACCACCUCAUGAUCCUGGUUAGUGACAACAUCCAGGGAGUUUCAGGCAGUCCGGUGUCCUGGGAACAUUUUUUUCACUCGCUCAUGCUCUACCAUGAAAACCUGCGACGAGACCUCCCAAAUCCAGAUUCGGCUCACUACCGCCACCCGCCACUCAGGGGCAUCACCCAAAGAGAGAUGGAAGGACUUACCUCGUUUUUGCAGUUGCUCACCACCAUCAUCACAUGGAGUGAAAAUGCUCGACUGGCCUUGUGCGAGCAUCCCCAGUGGACCCCAGUUGUCGUGAUGUUGGGAUUGCUUCAGUGCAGCGUUCCUCCCGUCCUGAAAGCUGAGCUCCUGCACUGCCUGGCAGCGUUUGGAAAGUCACCGGAGAUCGCUGCUUCACUCUGGCAGUCGCUGGAGUACACGCAGAUCCUUCAGACGGUGCGAGCCCCCGGACAGAGACAAGCAGCAGGGAUAGAGGGCCACAGCAUCAUGUUCCACCUGCUCAAUGACUCGCCCAUGCUGGCACUCUGCCUCAGCCUGCUGGAGGAGGGGGUCCGCCAGCUGGACACCUAUGCACCUUUCCCCGGUAAAAAGCACUUGGAGUCUGCGGUGUUGCACUGCUUGUGCCUUUUGGACUUGGCUCUGCAGAAGGAAGCAGUGUUCAUGGAUCUUCUUAGGGAGAGCCAGGCCUCUCUGCUGGUUUCUCCCCUGGAGCAGCUCCUCCAAGGCGUCAGCCCUCAAACCAGAAGGGCUGAUCACAUUGUCAACAUUGCGAGGUAUCUUUACCACAGCAGCUCAAACCCAGAGGCCGCCUUCCAGAGCGCCAAGAUUCUGCGUCGCAUCGCCAACUACCCAAACAUUCAGAUUAGGCUGGUGGGAGACUUCACACAUGACCAGGCUGUAAGUGACAAGCUCAUGGCAGGCUUUGUGGAGUGUCUGGACAAUGAAGACGCAGAGGAGGGCACAGAGAAAGAUGACGUAGACUCACAAAAGAAGGUGGCAAGGAUCCGGCAUGAAACCCAGAUCCAUAUUUUGAACCUGCUCAUUACGUCUUUGGAGUUGAAGGCACCAAAUCUGGCCCUUUAUCUUUUGGGCUAUGAAGUGAAGAAGCCUGUGUCGUCAACCAAUCUCCAGGACCCGGGUGUGUUAGGGUGCCCGCGUAGCUGCCUGCACGCCAUCCUGAGCCGGCUGCAGAGAGGCACAGAGAAAAGAUCGGGACCUGCACUCACACAGCAGGCGCCGCACCUGGCUGAGCUCUGCUACCAGGUGAUCUACCAGCUGUGUGCUUGUCCAGACACAUCUGGACCCACAAUGCGCUAUUUGAGGACCAGUCAGGAUUUCCUGUUCUCACACCUGCAACACCUGCCCUUCCUCCUGCCAAGUAACCAGAUUGCCGCCCUCUCCCAGAUGUCUUGGCUCAUGAAAACAGCUGCAAUCGAGCUGAGAGUGACCUCACUCAACCGCCAGCGUUCCCAUACACAGCGCCUCGUCAGCCUCCUGCUGGAUGACCAGCCACACGCUCAGCAUGCAGAUGGGGAAUCUGGCAUGGAAGACGAGACGAGAUCAGUCAGCGGUUUUCUGCAUUUUGACACCGUUUCUAAAGUGCGCAGGAAGUUACUGAGCGUGCUGGAUGCCAUCGAAUUCAGCCAGGAUAUGCCUGAGCUGCUGCAGCUGGACUUCUUUGAACGCACUCAGAUAGAGCAGGUGAUCUCCAACUGUGAGCACGUCAAUGAGCAGGGACAUACUGUGUGCAACGUUAAGUUGCUUCACAGAGUGCUGGUCGCCGAGGUGAACGCGCUGCAAGGAAUGGCAGCGAUUGGACAGAGGCCUCUGUUAAUGGAAGAGGUGAACUCAAUCCUGCAGCAAGUGGUGGAACGUAACCGUGUCCGUCGGAGCCUGAGUGCAAAGCGGCAUGCGCUGCAGUCCUGGAGGAGUCUGGUGGAGACGCUGCUGACUGCCUGCCCAGCUGAUCUGAUAUCUGCUGAUGAGCGGCAGCUCAUCAUCAGGGAUCUGCUGCUGGACCUGCACGAUAAGGUCAGUGAUCACGUCAGUGUAGCAGUAAUAUCCAGUCCUGUCCAAUCAGGAACUGGUCUCAGAGGCGGAUAUCAGCGUCUGCGUGCUCACCUGUACGGCUCUCUGCUGUAUUAUCUGCAAAUUGCCCAGAAACCUGAAGAACCGGACACUCUGCAGACAGCAGGCAAAGCAAUGUGGGAACGUCUCACAGCUCCUGAAGAUGGUUUCUCCAAACUGCAGCGGGAGAACCUUGCGAUCAUCGAGAGCUACGGCAAGGCCCUCAUGGAGGUUGUGUGCCGAGAUGCCUGUGACGGCCAUGAAAUCAGCAGAAUGCUGGCCAUGGCCGUGCUGGACCGUAUCCUGUCAAUUGACCGUCAGAAUCAGUGGCUGCUGUAUAUUUGCAACAGUGGCUACCUGCGGUCGUUGGUGGAGAGCUUGAGGCAGGAUGAUGUGGCGCUGCAGAGCCUGCUCACACCACAGCCACCUCUGCUCAAACCACUCUACAUCUUUGAAAGCAAGAUGGCUCUGCUGACUCGUGUGGCUAAGACGGGGGAGGGAGCCGUGGAGCUGUUGCGCUGUGGGCUGGUGGCACAGCUGAUGGAGUGUCAGGUGUUUGACAUGGUGCCCGACAGCGACGCACACAGGGUGAUGAGGGACCCAUCAGGCUUCAUCCCCAGCCCUAUGGACCGUUACAGACAGAUUCUUUUACCAACCUUAAGGCUCUUUCAAGUGAUUCUGACUUCCACUUCCAUAAAUCACCAGCAGGGGGCAGCACAAGUUCUCCAGUGGCUGAUCGUCCAUGCAGACACCAUUCAGUCCCUGCUGCGCUGCCAGGAGCUCAGUAUGGGAGCUUUGCAGGAACUUUCUCUGCUUACUGGCAUCAUCAGUAAAACAGCUCUGCCAGGUGCCCUUGAGAUGGGCGGAGAAGUCAACAGCGCUGCGCUCCUGGAGUUCCAAGGUCACAUUAACAGAUUCCAGCGCCUAUGUCUGUCUCUGCUCGGCCGUCUGGCAGGAAGUGAGCGGGACAGGUUGCUAAAACAGGCUGAGAUCUCUGCACCUGGAGACUCAGCAGAACGGCGGGAAGAGAUGGAGGUUGCCAUGCAACAGGUUUGUGCUAACAUCAUGGAGUACUGCCAGGCCCUCCUGCUGCAGAGCUCAGCCCAGGCUCAGUUCAGCAUCUGUCUCUUCAGCCCGUCAGGCAGCGAGCCAGCUGGCAGGGACGGCGCACGUACUGACCUUUCAUCCACUGUGCCAUCGAUGGCUUACUCUCGGGUCCCUAGUCUUGGUUUGGUCUUGUACCUGCUCAAGAAUAGUGCUGCUGAUUUCUUCCGGUUCCACCAAAGUCACAGGCAGAGCCUGGGAAAGCUUCAGAGCCUGGAUCAGCUCCCACCCGAGGAGCUCAAGGAGUUGUGCCAAGGCCUGGUUUCAGGCCCAGGAGGAGUGGAGAAAAUCUCAUCAGUGCAGAGGAGCUUACUGGCCAAGAGACGACUGGUCCAGCUCAUCAACAACAGAGCCAAGCUGCUGGCCUUGUGCUCCUAUGUGAUUGAGACGUGCUUAUUCGUGCUGUGGCGUCACCUGGAGUACUACUUGUUGCACUGUAUACCCACUGACCCCAAAGACUCGCUGCUGCCUGGAUCCACUUUAUACAGAUCACGCCUCGCGGAUGACUCAUUCAGCGGGCUGCAGGCCAGCGGAGGCCGAGGACUAAGCCUAUCCAGAGUCAGCCAACAAGAUCUUGAUCUGCUGAAAAGCGACAUGGCUGCAGGAUUUGGGGAGGCCCUGCAGAGGAAGCUGCUGGAGGUGGAGGGCUCGUACAGCCAGGUCCGCUCUCGCUAUACGUUUAUCCAGGCUUUGGUCCGCAGGAUCCGCGGCCUGCUGCGACAGCCCAAAAGCUGAGACUGGCCAAGAUCCGUCAGUUUGAACUUCUGCCUUCAUAACAGGCAAAACCAGAACACUGCUAAGGACUUCACGUCUGGCAACGUCACUCCUUUCUACUGACCCGACCUUCCUCUUCUAUAACUCGUAGUGUCAAUUUCGAUCAUGCUUACGUUCACAGUGCAAGUAGCACCAUUUGAGGAAUUGAGAAUGUGGAGAAGAAAAAGCAGAAGAAAUUUUUACUUGUUAAACUGUUUGAUAUUCUUGUUUGUUCGGAUGAUUUUUGUGAAAAUAAACUUCUUUUUCUAAAUCGG